UUAUAAUUCUUGAAAUGCAUUGCAUGUCUGAUGUUUAAUCUAAAAUUAUGUUGGAAGCUUAUUGCUAUUUAUCGUUUGUAAAUGAUGAGCUUCAAAGUAUUGAUACAUAAUGUGUUCACAUUUUUCAAGGGUUUAGUUGCCUUAGUAACUGGUGGAGCCUCUGGUCUAGGCCGAGCUACAGCAGAAAAAUUUGUGCAACAAGGAGUGAAUGUCGUUAUAUGUGAUCUUCCAACAUCAUCUGGAGCUGCUGUUGCCAAAAGUUUAGGAAAAAAUUGUUUAUUUUCUCCAGCUGAUAUAUGUUCUCCAAAUGAUGUGGAAAGUGCAUUGAAUGUUGUCAAAUCAAAUUUUGAAAAAUUGAAUGUUGUAGUAAAUUGUGCUGGAAUCAGUACAGCUUUUAAAAUUUAUAAUUUUCUGAAAGACAGAGCACAAUCCCUUGAAGACAUAGAAAAAGUUAUACAAGUUAAUACUGCUGGUACUUUCAAUGUCAACAGGUUGGCAAUAAAAAUGCUGGCUAAAAAUACUCCUGAUGAAGAGGGCCAAAGAGGUAUUAUAAUUAAUACUUCUGGUAUAUCUGCAUUUGAAGGAAUCAUGGGACAAGGAGCAUUUUCUGCCAGUUGCCGGGCUAUAGCAUCCAUGACAAUGCCAACUGCACGAGAUUUGGCACCUUUAGGUAUUCGUUGUUGCACAAUAGCCCCAGGUUUCAUUGAAACAGAAUUAAACAGUACUCUACCUGCAGAAGUUGUAAAGUUCAUAGCAGACACUACACCCUUUCCUAAAAGGUUUGGAAAACCAGAGGAAUUUGUUCAUAUAGUUCAAUGUAUUAUAGAAAAUCCCAUGUUAAAUGGAGAAACAAUAAGACUUGAUGGUGGAUCAAGGUUUCAUCUUUAAAACUCGUACAUUAAUUGUUCAUUAGCUUCUUGUAGAUAAGACCAAUAUUGCAUUAAAAUGGUAUUCAUUUUUUAA